UCCCGCGGAACGUGCUGGUAAGGUUGGACUCGGCGACUGAGGAGAGACGAGACGAGAACGAAUCCCUGCUCUCUGUCUCUCUGUGGAAGAGAGUCAUGGAAGAGUUGAAAUCUGUAGUUCCUGACGGCCUAAAGCAGAUGGUAGCAGAUAGCACUCGUCACGACCUUCCUCGCACUUGUUCUUCUCUUUUUGAUUUUUUUCUUCGGUGGGAACCAUUUCACCGGAUUGUCAAUGACCUGGUGGAUCCGAAUAAGCCCUUUUGGUCUAAGAACAAAGAAGCUGCUUUGGAUUCGAAGCAGAAAGGCAACCAAUGCUUCUUCAGAGGAGAUUACGCCAAUGCUCUCAAUUGCUAUUCCCAGGCACUUCGUGUUGCUCCUGUAGAUGCUGCUGACAUGAAUAAAAAUCUGGUUGCAACCUUGUACGUGAAUCGAGCUUCUGUGUUGCAUAAGAUGAAUCUUUUUAAAGAGUGUAUACGAGAUUGCAGUCGUGCUCUUCAGAUCUCUCCAAGCUAUGCAAAGGCAUGGUAUAGGAGGGGUAAGGCAAAUGCUUCUUUAGGAAAAUUUGAAGAUGCAGUCCAUGACCUUACUGUUGCUAAGGACAUGGAAUUGUCAAUGGGUGGGAAGAAGCAAAUAGAAAGUGAGAAAAAUAUUAUGUUAGACCAUUAUGGCAGAACAAGUUCUUCACCUGUACAAUGCAAUGAAAAAUUGGAAAAGCUGGUAAGAUGUUGUGGAUCAUUUGUGGCAGACGAGCAACUACAAAUAAGACUACGAUGUGUCACCACACCAAGUAAAGGAAGAGGUAUGGUUUCACCAUGUAACAUUCCUCCAGCUUCCUUGGUUCACUCUGAAGAACCAUAUGCUGCGAUAAUAUUGAAGCACUGUCGAGAAACUCAUUGUCAUUACUGCUUCAAUGACCUACCCCCUGACAACGUCCCUUGUGCAUUAUGUUCAAUACCACUUUACUGUUCCCAGCAUUGCCUAAUACAGGCUGGGGGUCAGAUGUCCAAGAACUACCAAAAGAACUAUGAUAUUCUUAAAAAUCAGUCUAAUGAACUUAAAAAUCAUAUUGCCAAUGUUACCUUGGCCGAUGAUCCUGAAUGUGCCAUUGAGCAUAUUUCUGAACAUGAACAUGAAUGUAACGGUGUACACUGGCCAGCAGUAUUGCCAGCUGAGAUAGUUCUAGCUGGUCGAGUACUAGUGAAGUCCAUCAAGCAACAUAGAGGAUCCACUGAUAUUGCUAACUUAACAGGAGUUUUGGAACUUUGUGACAAUUAUGAAAAAAUGCCUCCUGGAAGGAAAUUGGAGUUGCACAUAUAUUCCAUUGUUUUGUUAUGCUGCCUCCGUACUUCUUGCAGCAUUGAAAUUCCAAUAAAUGGAAGCUACAUAACACAGAUUGUCAUACUUAUUUGUCAAAUUAGGGUAAAUUCUAUGACAAUUGUUCGAAUGAAAUUGAAUGAUGUUCCAGAGAAUCUAGAUUAUGGCACAAAGAUUUCAUGUAGUGGUGGCGCUUUAACGAGUAAUGUGGAACAGGUUAGAGUCGGUCAAGCUAUUUAUAGAGAUGCCAGUUUGUUCAACCAUUCGUGCCAACCGAACAUCCACGCCUAUUUCGUUUCACGUACUAUCUUUGUACGAACAAUAGAAUUUGUGGCAGCAGAGUCUCCUGUUGAGAUAUCCUAUGGUCCACAGGUUGGGCUGUGGAACUGUAAAAGUCGUCUUAAGUUUUUGGAAGAUGAGUACUCAUUCCAGUGUCAAUGUUGUGCGUGUUCUGAAGCAAAUCUAUCUGACCUUGUACUGAAGGCUUUUCACUGUGUUAAUCCAAAUUGCUUGGGUAUUGUCUUGAAUAGCUCUGUGGUUAAUUGUGAGGCCUACAAAAUCAAGUGCUUUCUAAGGUCUGCCAAAGAAUGCAACUUGAUCCCUAAUCUUGAGGUUAGAGCAUUCAAUGACAUCCACAAUACGGCUCAUUGUGCAUUUAUGCAAAGUACUAGUUCUCUUAACAUUGAUCCUGGCUAUUGCUUGAAAUGUGGUUCCUAUUGCAAUGUCAAAUCGUCAGAUGAAGCAUCAAAUGAAGCUUGGAUGUGUAUUAGAAGGUUGCAGGAUGCAAUUGUAUUGAAAGAGAUCUCCAGUACUACACUGUCAGAAGCUCUGCGAUCUCUUGCUCUGCUGAGAUCAACAUUGCAUGCAUUUAACAAGCGCAUUGCAGAAGCAGAAGAUAAUGUUGCACAAGCAUUUUGUAUGGUUGGAGAGUUACGAUCAGCACUGGACCACUGUAAAGAGUCAAUUAAGAUCCUGGAAAGACUCUAUGGCCCAAAUGAUAUCACCAUUGGGUAUGAACUUGUGAAACUUGCAUCCAUUCAACUGUCCAUGGGUGACUCUACUGCUUCGGUCAGCGUAGAUCGGAUGAGUGAGAUUUUCUCAUGCUUCUAUGGAUCUCAUGCGGACACAAUGUUCCCUUACCUUCAACAUCUCAAGGAAGAAACAUGCAGACUUGUUCGUUAAUAUGUGUACAUUAUUUAAAGCGACUACUUGAAGUAUUGACAGGGCACCUAAAUGUCAGACUCAUCUUUCUGAAGAUUCUGUAUUGUAAUUUUCCUUUAGGCUUUUGUAGUAUUUAUAUUUUUUUAAAAAUGAUUGUGGAUAAAAGGCCUUCAUGACCUAUAUUGAUGAAUAUUUAUUGUGAAGAUAUUUCUCAAGGUAUUUUCUGUCU